CACUGCUACUCAGAGACGGCCAGUUAAUGGAGUCAAGCGGUUACGCCAAUGCGAUAAUAUUAGUGACAAACGAGGCCGUAGCCGAUGCAAAAAGUAUUUUUACCUGAAAUAGUGCAGCGGUCGCAGAUAGAUGCUGUCUACACUGCCAUGACGGCGAAGGAGUAGUUUUAUGUUAGAUAAUUGGCUCGUUUGCAGCUGACGCGCAGUAUCAACACAAAGGCCUAUGUAGCUAGUUAGCGUUAGUUUUUCAGCUAGCUAGCAAGUGCUGUAACGCCAGCCUCAGCUGCAGCAAAUUACCAGGCGUGCCAUUUUAAUGUUUUAACUGUAACACAGUUUGUCUGCUCUACUAACAAGACACCACUGAGUAUUUUUUCCCUUGUUUUCUUCAAAAAUGGCGGAACAGGGUGCAGUGGUCAUGCAGCAGAAUUUGGACAGGAGCUGCUGGGUGUGCUUCGCCACAGAUGAGGACGACCGCACGGCAGAGUGGGUGCGUCCAUGUCGUUGCCGCGGCUCCACCAAGUGGGUUCACCAGGCCUGCCUGCAGCGCUGGGUGGACGAGAAGCAGCGGGGCAACAGCACGGCACGUGUGGCCUGCCCACAGUGCAAUGCAGAAUACCUCAUCGUCUUUCCCAAACUGGGUCCUGUGGUUUACGUGCUGGACCUGGCUGACCGGCUCAUCUCUAAGGCCGGACCAUUCGCUGCAGCUGGCAUCAUGGUGGGCUCCAUCUACUGGACUGCUGUCACCUACGGAGCUGUCACUGUCAUGCAGGUGGUGGGCCAUAAGGAGGGCCUGGACGUUAUGGAGCGGGCCGACCCUCUGUUCCUGCUCAUUGGCCUGCCCACCAUCCCUGUCAUGCUGAUCCUCGGCAAGAUGAUCCGCUGGGAGGACUAUGUCCUGCGUCUGUGGAGAAAGUACUCUAACAAACUGCAGAUCCUCAACAGCAUCUUCCCAGGGAUUGGCUGCCCAGUUCCUCGUAUCCCAGCAGAGGCCAGCCCCCUGGCAGACCACGUGUCGGCCACACGGAUUCUCUGUGGCGCUCUGGUGUUCCCCACCAUCGCCACCAUUGUGGGGAAACUCAUGUUCAGCAGUGUCAACUCCAACCUGCAGAGGACCAUCCUGGGAGGCAUCGCCUUUGUGGCCAUCAAGGGGGCGUUUAAGGUGUACUUCAAACAGCAGCAGUACCUGAGGCAAGCCCACCGCAAGAUCCUCAACUUCCCCGAACAGGAGGAAGCCUGAGGAGGCCCCUCAGUCCGGAUGGAUGACAGCCGGACACACCGCACACCUCUGCCAGAGGGGGUGAGGACAUACGAACUGUCAGACUGAGAGCAGGAAGUGCUGGUGAAACAGACUUAGGAUCAGUGUCACCCUUACCGCCUACUCCUCCUUAGACCUCACCCCUUCUGGAGUGAUUCAUCGCACCGUCACUGACAUUCAUGCAAGGAUCCCCCGCCGCCGCCACCACCACACAUUGUUUUUAAACCUCUGACGCUUCAGUAAGGUGAAGACGGAUGAGACUUGUGGAUACAGACUGGAGCAUGUUCUCAGUCAGGGUGCAGUUACACACAUUAACACACAGAUCAAGGACUGUGCGACUGUAGGGUGGAUGUGCUUCAACAAUCACGUAACUAAUACUUAUUGUAAACUUACUGUAUUUUAAAGAUUAAAAAAUGCGGGGCAUGUGUAAUUAGAAAGUUUUAUAAUAUAAUAAUAAAUGAUUGUUUUAUAAUGUUUAUUUUGCAGAUUUGAACCCCCUUUGCCAAUGUUAGGGGUUUAUUUUGUGUGAGAAAUUUUGGUCACUGUGCAGAUGUAUUAAUGAUAAAACAAUAAAAUGUGUUGUGAAUCAA